AUGCCCAUCCCACUGUUUCCUGGAUCGAAACUUUAUUUUCCAAAUAUUGUUGUUCGUAUGGUACGAUCGAAUCUUCCACCCCAUCAAGCAGUUUUUCGUUGUCCUCAGCAACUCAACAAACUAGACAUGAAAUCAUAUCUAAGCCAACUAUACAAUAUUACUAUUACAGAUAUUCGAACAAUGAAUUAUACAGGUAGCACAGUGAAAAAAAAUGCAGGCCCAAAGCGACCUGGAAGAGGCAAAAUGACUUCCCCAUCAUACAAAAAAGUUAUUAUAACUAUGGAUGAUGAUUUUGUGUUUCCCAUGCCGCCAAUUAUAGGCGAUGGUACUGGCGAUGAAACGUCGGCUACAACGGGUGCGGUUCGUAUGCCUCCACGAGUAUCGUUUGGUAAAGGAUCAGCCAACAAAGUUCGUGCAAAGAUCAAUAAGCAAGCAUUGGAGCGAGGUGUGGAAUUGGACGCUUCACAAACCCCAAAAGAUUCUUCGACUGACGUACAAAAAUAA